UCAGUUGGGUUCGGUUCAAUCCAAACGCUUCAGACACAGUUGUCAGAAGAGAGAGAAACUCUAGAGAGAGAGAGAGAGAGAGAGAGGGAGAGGAGCACGAACGAAGAUGGAGGAAGAGCGCAGCAACAACAACAGAAGCAGUAGUAGCAGUAGUAGUAAUGGUGGUUUGGAUACUGGAAAAUCGGAGAGAUCGGUGUGGCUGAUGAAGUGCCCACUCGUAGUGGCGAAGUCAUGGCAGUCUCACUCCGCCGCCGCCUCCUCCGACUCUUCGCCUCUCUCCAAGGUCGUCGUCUCCGUCGACGCCCUCCGCCCUGAGGAUUCCUCUUCCCUCCAGUUCACAAUGGAGAUGGCUAGCAAUGAGAUUGGGAACAUGCCAAAAACCUACUCGUUGAACAUGUUUAAAGACUUUGUUCCAAUGUGUGUUUUUUCUGAGACAAAUCAAGGAAAGGUUGCAAUGGAAGGGAAAGUGGAACAUAAAUUUGACAUGAAGCCCCAUAACGAGAACUUGGAGGAGUAUAGCAAAAUGUGCCGUGAAAGGACAAAUAAAUCAAUGAUUAAGAAUAGACAAAUACUGGUGAUUGACAACGAUCGUGGAGUCCAUAUGAGGCCUAUGCCUGGAAUGGUUGGCUUGGUUGCUUCUAGUUCUAAGGAUAAGAAGAAAACAGCACCCAUUAAGGCACCAGAAGUGAAAAGAACUAGAAGGGAUCGUGGAGAACUGGAGGAAAUUAUGUUUAAGCUUUUCGAAAGACAACCAAAUUGGGCCUUAAAGCAGCUAGUCCAAGAAACAGCUCAACCUGCACAAUUCUUGAAGGAGAUUCUGAAUGAGCUUUGUGUCUACAAUAAAAGGGGAACAAACCAAGGAACUUAUGAGCUCAAGCCUGAAUAUAAGAAAUCUGUUGAGGAUACAGGUGCUGAAUAAAUUGUCUUUUGUCUGACUGUAUAUUUGAUUGUGCAAGAUAAAAUUAAGCUUAGGGAAGAAAAGUCGUGUUUUCUCCAUUGGCAUCACCUCUGUUCUUUACAAAAUCCACAUGGUGUGAUCAUUAACUUUUCUUGUUAAACUUAGGAGGUUAGAGACAAUAAAAGAGACAUCUACUCUUAUAUACUUGCUUAUCAACUCUAUUACUCCUCUUUUGCUUAUAGUUGUUUCACUUGCUAAAUGAAUUCUGUCAUUUUGUUUA